CUGGCGUGAAACUGAUGGCUCCUUGAUUAAUGCAUGUACACACAACAGGGUGUGUCGGUGUAUAGCAAACUGUGUCAACCUGCAGCAAAGCGUACGCAUAGCUGUGUUCGUACCGUGUGCUAAUCCAUCGAGGCUCUGCUCAGUCGAGUUCACUUUGACUGUUCGUAAGACUUUAUUAUUAAGACUGACAUGAUGGCAGAUGAACCGCAGAUGAACGUGGAACGGUCGGGGGAUGACAUCGAGGUGAAAAUCAAGGCACCGAGUGGAGAACACCUAGAUAUGGACGACAGAGAUCCCACGAAAAUGAAUGAAUUCGUGAGGGU